AUGUACUUCUUCCUCCUCAAUCUCUCCCUCCUUGACCUCGGCUCCAUCUCUGAAAUGGUCCCCAAAUCCAUGGCCAAUUCCCUGUGGAACACCACGGCCAUUUCUUACUCGGGAUGUGCUGCCCAGGUCUUCCUGCUUCUCUUCCUGUUUGCAGCCGAGUAUUCUCUCCUCACAGUCAUGGCCUAUGACCGCUACAUUGCCAUCUGCAGACCCCUGCACUACGGGACCCUCAUGGGCAGCAGAGCUUGUGUCAAAAUGGCAGCAGCUGCCUGGGGCGGUGGUUUUCUCAAUGCUCUCCUGCACACUGCUAAUACAUUUUCCAUACCACUCUGCCAAGGCAACACAGUGGACCAGUUCUUCUGUGAGAUUCCCCAGAUCCUCAAGUUCUCCUGCUCAGACUCCUACCUCAGGGAAGUUGCCCUUCUUGUGAUCGGUGGCUGUUUAGUCUUUGUGUGUUUCAUUUUCAUUGUGCUGUCCUACGUGCAGAUCUUCACUGCUGUGCUGAGGAUCCCCUCUGAGCAGGGCCGCCACAAAGCCUUUUCCAUGUGCCUCCCACACCUGGCCGUCGUCUCCCUGUUCGUCAGCACUGGCAUGUUUGCGUACCUGAAGCCCCCCUCCAUCUCCUCCCCAUCUCUGGAUCUGGUGGUGACUGUUCUGUAUGCGGUGGUGCCUCCAGCAGUGAAUCCCCUCAUCUACAGUUUGAGGAACAAGGAGCUCAAGGAGGCACUGAAGAAACUGAUGCAGUGGGUACAAGGUCAGCGCCAAUAA